UCUCUCUCUCUACAUUUUCCCGUGUGUUUAUUGUGUGGACACGGUCGCCGAAGCUGUUCCUCUCUCUACGCUUCUCUCUCUCUCUCUCCCUACGUCCCUCCUUCCUCCGCCGUCGCCGUCGCCGUCGCCGUCGCCGUCGGCUGGCCAUCUCCGGCGCUCCGCCUCCCGCUCGAACGAAGAAGAACGGCGGCGCGACAAGCGCAGAAGAGAUUUCUCACCGCGCGUCCGCGAAGUGCGAAGUUUCUGGGAAUCCGACCGAUUGAGAGAGCGACUCUGUUUUCUUAGCCUCUUUUUUCUUCCUUUUCGCUUUUCUGUAAGUUGCGUCUGUAAUAUGCGCGUGAUUUCGAGUUCGGCGUCGCGUCGUGUACAUGGGCAUUGCGCGUGUUGAGGAUUUGAGCUGUACAGCGAGGUUGUUGUUUGUUCCUUGUUAUGUUUAGCUAAAGUCAACCCCGAGCUGCCGGGUGGCGGGAGAGCUCGGGGGUGUGGAUCGGGAGUCGCCAUGGACGCCGGGAAUCGGGGCCGGAUCGGCGAAUCGGAGCCGGCGAAUGAUUACUAUCUGCAGAAGUUCCGGCUCUACGAGACUCGCUCGAAAUUUUAUAUGAUCGGAAGAGACAAGAGCAGGGGUAUCUGGCGAGUUUUGAAGAUCGACAGGGAAGAUGCCCUUGAGCUUAACGUCAUCGAGGAUUCCACGACCUAUACGGAGUAUGAGUGUUUAGAGCUGCGGAAACGGAUACACGAAGGGAACCUGAAAACAGGAGGCCUUAAAUUUGUCACCACUUGUUAUGGGAUCAUUGGUUUCAUCAAGUUCUUGGGACCCUACUACAUGCUGCUCAUAACAAAGAGGGAGAAGAUCGGUGCCAUCAAAGGCCAAACCAUAUAUGCUAUUACCAAGAGUGAAAUGCUUCCGAUUCCAAAUUCUACUGUUCAGUCCAAUAUGGCUGUUUCUAAGGAUGAGAACAGAUACAAGAAGCUCCUAUGCAUGAUGGAUCUCAGGAAGGACUUCUUUUUCAGCUACUCAUAUCAUGUUAUGUGUAGCCUUCAGAAGAACUUUGGUGACCAUGAGAGUCGGCAGAACUUGUAUGAGACAAUGUUUGUGUGGAAUGAGUAUCUAACGCGUAGUAUUCGGAAUAACCUCAAGAACACCUUAUGGACGGUUGCAUUGGUAUAUGGAUUCUUCAAGCAGGUUAAACUUUCAGUGUUGGGCAGGGAUUUUUUGUUGACUCUAAUUGCCAGACGCUCACGCCAUUAUGCAGGCACCAGAUAUUUAAAAAGGGGUGUAAAUGAGAGGGGUAAAGUGGCCAACGACGUGGAGACGGAACAAAUUGUUGAAGAUGUUCCUGGAGGGUGCCUGAACCAAAUAAGCUCCGUCAUUCAAAUCCGGGGCUCUAUCCCCCUUUUCUGGUCCCAGGAAACUUCAAAAUUGAAUCUCAAGCCUGACAUUAUAUUAUCAAAGAGGGAUUACAAGUAUGCAGCAACAAGACUUCAUUUUGAAAACCUUGCCAUGAGAUAUGGGAUUCCAAUUAUAAUAUUAAGUUUGAUCAAGACACGUGAGAAAAAGGCUCGAGAAACUGUUCUUCGUGAUGAGUUCUUGAAUGCCAUCAGAUUCAUCAAUAGAGGUUUGACUGAAGAGAAUCGCCUGAGGUUUCUACAGUUGGAUCUACAUAAGCACUCAAGAAACAAAGGUAACAACGCGUUGGCACUUCUUGGCAAGGUGGCCAAGUAUACACUCAACCAAAUUGGCAUAUUUUACUGGCGAGUAGCAGGAAAUUCAGAGCAAGAGGGAACAAUGAUCGCAUCGAACCUAGAGAAAACUGAAAAGGCUGAUUUCACUUUACCAGAACUUUCCAACCGAAUUGAGGAUUCUCAGUCUCAGAGCAUGCAAACUCAAACCGCUGAUGGCAGGGGCAGCUCUAGUGGAAAUCCUGGUCUGAAACCUACAAUGUUACAGAAAGGGGUGCUGAGGACCAACUGCAUUGACUGCCUAGAUCGCACAAAUGUUGCCCAAUAUGCAUACGGACUGGUUUCCCUUGGAAGGCAGCUGCAUGCGUUGGGAAUUCUAGACUCUCCCAAAAUUGAUCUGGAUAACCCUUUGGCAGAAAAUCUAAUGGAUCUCUAUGAAUCAAUGGGCGACACCCUUGCGUUGCAAUAUGGUGGUUCGGCAGCACACAACAAGAUUUUUUCUGAGCGAAGAGGUCAGUGGAAACCUGCAACACAGUCCCAGGAGUUUUUCAGAACUGUACAACGGUAUUACAGCAAUGCCUAUGUGGAUGCCGAAAAACAAGCUGCCAUUAAUGUGUUUUUGGGAUAUUUUCAGCCCCAGCUGGGUGAACCUUCGCUGUGGGAAGGAAGGCGUCAUCUUAACUAUGUUGAUGAGAACACUCGGUCAUUAAUGAAAAGAUCACUAUCUGAUGGAAACAUUCCUUGCGAAAGCGAAAUGCCUAUAGCAACCAAAAAUCUAAUUCACAAUCAGCCUCUUAUUGGACAAACACAAGGAGGUAACCGAGGUCUUUCAGAGUCUUCUCCAGAGAUCUCAGCUGCUGAAAGUGAUGACUCUACUUUCAGAUAUACCCCGACAGUUGCUUGUGGGCAGCCGUCCAAUAUUAUCAAAGAGGAUGCAUCCUGGCAAGAAAGUGAUGACAUCUGUUAUGAUUGUCAUGAUGAUGAAUGGAAUUUUACCAACUUUCUUGAUGUAGAUGGGUUAUCUUCCUCGGCAAACUCUUGUGAUGAUGAAGUUUAUGAGAGGUCAUCUAUUGCGAGUGUAUCUCUGGGAAAUUUUAUCAGUGGACCAAAAAAUGAUGUGACCAGGCAUGCAAGUGCAUCUAGGCCCAAGUUGGAGAGAAAAGAUCAGGCUGGGAGUGACCUCAAUGAUGGUGGAACUGUCCAUUACUCUGAUGACUUCGGGCGCUGGGUAACUGAUGGCGGAAUGUUGUUCCACUGAUGACUGCUUACAAAGUUAUACAAGAACCAAACAUGACAAACUCAUAAAUCUUCGAUUCAACCCAUCCCAAGGAUUCGGGUUUCUUGUAAAUAGGAAUAAACGGCACAUCCUUGGCAAAGGAGGGUAAAAGAACACGCCGAAAUGAUUCCGUCGGAAGUAGAAGAUGAUAGUUUCCUCCCUCCAAGCCGAAGUCAUGUUGGGGCCGUGUAAAUCUCAAGCAUUCAUUUGUCCGCGCGCAAGUCCUUUGCAAUUGUCGAUCACUUCUAGCUAUUCACUAGGAAGGGUAAAUUUAAGUCGUCAAAAUCUCUUUUGAGCUACUUAGCGGGAAACAAAAUCUCUAUAGAGCUCUCAAUUGUAACCCAAUUUUCCCAAUUCUCUUGUCGAAUUUUGUAAAUAUUUUUUAGUCUCUUGCCCAUGGGCUUCAAUAUAUAGUCACAGGUCUCAUUUUGAUUCAUUA